AUUUGAAUCUCUUGACUGUUGAGGAAAACAUUUACUGAAGAAUAUUAUGUAAAAACAGACUUUUUACUAGAGUUAUCGAAAUGAAAAAAGAAAAAUCUGUCCCCCUGGACAGAGAAAGCGUAUCUGUUAUAAGUUCAAUCAGUUCUCGCCGAUCGAUUGAAGAAGAACAGAAAGGGAGGCGAGUGCUACUGACUGUGCUGAUUACAUCUUCUUAUCUUUGUCUGGGUUUUUUCAAAGCAAUUCCUGGUCCUACUCUCUAUAUCCUGAAACGUUUAGCAGGUGUAAAAAUGGAGGGUCUAAUGCUUAUUUUUUCAGCCCGUUCCCUUGGUUACAUUUCUGGUUACGUUGUUGGCGGAGCGGUGUUUGACAAUACUGAAAAUAAUUUACUAAACCGGUUGAUAAUAUUUAUAGUAGAAAUUAUCUGUGCAGCUACUGCUUUUGCAGUGCCAUUUUGUCACGGUAUCGUGGCCCUUACUGCUGCCUUUUUUGGUGCAGGAAUAAGUAUAAGCAUAUUGGAAACAGGUUUUAAUACCUUUGUUCUGCAUAUGUGGGGAAGGAAAAGCAAUCCCUACUUCAUGGCACUCCACUUCUUAAAUGGAAUUGGAGGUCUGUUGGGAAUAGUAUUGCAGCGUGCGUUUGUUCAAGACAUAAGCGCGGCGAAUGCUACAGCAAACAUAACACUCUAUUUAAAACCAGAAGAUAUAGGAAAACCUAUAUUUCCUCAUCUGAUGUACAGUUACAUAGUUCUUUGUCUCAUCAUAUGUUGUAUUGCACUAUUUUGGUUGAUAUCACUUUUUUGCCCGUGUAAUCAGAUGCCUUUGAAACCAUUUCAAUUAGAAGCUGACAUAAAAGUUCCAUCAAAAGAAUUUACAAUGUUUGCUGUGUUAACAUCUUCACUCUUAGCAUUUCUUUGUGGAACUAUAAGCCUUGGUUACGUACACAUGUUUACUACAUUCGCUAUUGAGGAAUAUAAUAUUAGCACAAAAACUUCUCUUGAUCUCGCUUCAUUCUUUUGGGGAUUCUUUGCUGUUGGAGGUUUUUUCGCUGUAUUUGCCUCAAGAAUAUUUCAUCCUUUCUUCAUGAUAAUUGCUUGUCUUAUCUUGGAGAUCAUAUCUGGUGUAGUAUUGAUAACGCUAUCUAAAUCGAACAAUGAUAUGUUGAUAGUGGGAAAUGUAUUACUUGGUCUUGGAGCAGCAGCCUUACUUGGUUGGUCGAUACUCUGGAUGGAUCGAUAUAUAGUGACCACAUAUAAGAUCAUAUCUGCCCUAUUGAUGGCCCAUUGUUUAGCUGAAAUGAUCAUUCCUCCUAUUCUGGCAUAUGCAUUGACAAAAAGCACUAACAGCCUCUCCUAUUUUGUCCUCUACAUGCCUGUAAUUUACCUUAUCGUUUUUGCACUUCAAUGCUUUUGGUUCUUCCCUCACGGUGAAAAGUUCGUCUCUAUUUCAAAACUUCCCAAGAAGAUAAGGAAACAUAGGUGGUUUCCAAUAUUUCUGGAAUCUUGGACGAAAGGAAGUGACCCGCAACUAAUUGCAACUGCCAUGAAACAAUCAGGAAUAGACUUGGAAAGACCAGUGAUGGUUACUAAACGGGAAAGUCCGGCUCAGACUGAAGAAUUUUUUUGGAGACCUAAGACUAGGGACAGCGGAAUUCAAGUUCAGUACUUGACCAGAGAGGAAACCAGGGCUUCGCUCCAAGUGGCAAAAGAAGCUCUUAAAAGAGCAAAACAGGUGAGACUCGAGGAAGAGCUUGAAGAAGAGAAAAAAGAAUCAAAACCGGUAUCGAUUUUAGGAGGUAUUUUCGGCAAGACUGAGAAAGAGGCGGACAAAGAUGAUGAAAAAGAGGAGAAAGAAAAACCAGAGCAAAAAAAGCAUUUGUUUGGUGGUAUUUUCGGCAAGAAAUCUGAGGAAGAAGAUGAUAAAUCGAAAGAAAAACCAGCUGGUAAAAAAGAUGAUGAUGGGAAAGGAAGUUCGUCCGAACCACGCCGACAAAGUAGUUGGUAUUGGUUAAAUAGUAUGCACUGAGGAGCUAUAUCACAACAUUUAAUAUCAACUCCAAGCUUUGUUCAAAGACAUCAACUUAAAAACUACAAUAAACAUGGGGAUUUUCUUGUGAUUGUUUAGAGCGUUUUUUUUUAAUAGAGAGUAAAUGGCAUUUAUCAUUGAUUAGAAAAAACUUUCAAAUUGAAAAUUGGCAAACUCCUGAAAAAAUUCGAAAAAAAGUUGAUAAUCUCCAAGAUGUUGAGUAUUAUAAUAAUAUCCCAAAUAGGUUCAUACCCAACUUUUUAAAAUAUACUUUAAAUUGUUUCAUGAAACGAGUGCUUUUUGCUGAAAAUUUAAGCAAAAUUAUAUUUAAAACUUUGAU